AUGUGCUUCGGACGAAAACCCUCUGCCACCGACCCGGAGUCGAGGAAGAAUGCCGAAAUCGAAAAGAAUCUCCGAGGAGACCGCAAGCGCGCUGAGCGCGAGGUGAAGCUGCUGCUACUCGGUGCCGGUGAGAGUGGCAAGUCGACGGUCCUGAAGCAGAUGCGCAUCAUCAACGCAGGCGGAUUCCAGAGCCUCGAGCGCAAGACAUGGCGGGCCACCAUCUUCAAUAACUUGGUCUCGGCCUUCCAGACCAUCUAUGCCGCCAUGCAUGAAGACGACAUAGACUUUGAGGACGACGACAACAUUCGGUAUUCCGAGAUGGUCAACUCUGCCCCCGACAUUGGCACUGAGGAGCCCAUGCCCGAAGAGUUCUACACUGCCUUUAAUUCCCUUUGGGCAGACAAAGGCGUGCAGCUCACCAUACUAAAGGGCAACCAGUAUGCGCUGCACGACAACUUGAACUACUUCUUCCAGAACAUCGACCGUCUGUUCCAAAAGGACUUCCUCCCCACCGACCAGGACAUCCUGCGCACCCGAUUACGAACAACUGGUAUCUCCGAGACCAUUUUCGAGCUGGGUAACCUGACAUACAAGAUGGUUGAUGUGGGUGGUCAGCGCUCAGAGCGAAAGAAGUGGAUUCACGUCUUCGACAACGUGCAAGUCGUGCUCUUCCUCGUGGCCAUCAGCGGGUACGACCACGUGCUAGUAGAAGACAGGAAUGGCAACCAAAUGCACGAAGCUCUAAUGCUGUUCGAAUCCAUAUCCAAUUCCAAGUACUUCGAAAAGUCGGCCCUGAUCCUCUUCCUCAACAAGAUCGAUCUCUUUACCGAGAAGAUAGCAGGCGGCAUGAGCCCGAUCAGGAGGACCUUCUCCGACUACACGGGCGGAGAUAGAGAUGUCGAGGCGGGCAAAGAGUUUUUCGCAAACAAAUUCCGCAACCUCGUACGGCAGCCCAAGAAGGAGGUCUACGUCCACUACACAAACGCGACCGACACGAAUUUGCUCAAGAUCACCAUGGCAUCUAUGGGCGCCUUGCGCAGAGCCAUUGUUGUGGUCUUACACACUCAGCCGGGAAGAGCGCUCGCUCGCCCAAGCGAAAAGCCAGGGCGCACACUCACCCGCGCCAUCGACCCACCUGCCCUAGAACUGGAUAGUCCACCUGGCGGGACCGGAGUAACAACGGACUUUUAG